AUCUUGGAUUUUAGUUGCUGUUAGCGUUUAGCUGUGACCAACCGUACUGAGGUCUUGUCCAUUUGCGUCUCGGGGUGGAUUCUUAUCAACCUCGAUCCUCGGUAUAAUCUAGUCCGGUCUGACGUAGGAGAACAAAAGAUGUCGUUUUACCCACUUUACCCGCUGUCUCUGAGCUGGGGGCUGUUCGCAGCGUUCAUCUGUCUGAUAUUACUGUAUGGGUACCGCACCAUGUCCGUGCUACAGAAGCUGGGCGUGCCGGGCCCCACCCCGCUGCCCUUCGUCGGAAACCUCCUGACCUACCGGAAGGGACAGAGCGUCGCCUUCAGGGAAUGGCGUCAGAAGUACGGCAGAGUUUACGGGAUCUAUGAAGGCCUGGCACCCAAGCUGGUCAUCACCGAUCCUGAGAUAGCGAAGAAUGUGUUCGUGAAAGACUUCAGCAACUUCCCCAUGAGGAUGCCCCUGUCCAUACCGAUCGGCCUGCCCGAUGAAACGCUGAUCUUUGCUACAUUCUCGGACCACAAGCGCCGGCGCGGCAUCCUGUCUCCGGCUUUCUCAGCAGCUAAGGUCAAACUGAUGGUGCCACUGGUUAACAGGUGUGUGGACUUCCUUAUGGAGAACCUGGAGAAGCUGUGUGUGGAGGACACCAGGUUUGACGCUAAAAGGGUGUUCAGCUACCUGACCCUGGACGUGAUGGCCAGCACAGCCUUCGGUGUGGAGGUGAACUCCCAGAAGGACCCGCAGCACGCUUUUGUUCAGAACGCCAGGAAGGUGGACCUGUCCGUGGUGGGGGGGAUGAAACCCAGCCUCAUCGUAGCAGCCGUCCUGUCGAUGGUUGUUCCCAUGGACGUUCUGGAGAAGUGGGGACUGACAGUCUGUCCUGCAGACGCCGUCUCCUUCUUCCACAGCAUCUUAGAAACCAUCCUCACCAUGAGGACCAAGCAACAGCCUGAAGAGCGGCGGAUGGACCUGUUAGAACUGAUGCGAGCAGCCCGGGUAGAACACAGCUUGGACCUGCCAGAGGACUUUGAGUUUGAGAAAAGCCUGUCAGCGGAUGAAGUCACAACAGAUGCGAUCAGUUUCUUCCUGGCGGGUUAUGACACCAUCGCAGGUCUGCUGGGCACCAUGGCUGUGAACCUGGCCAGGUACCCUGACAUCCAGGACAAGCUGGUACAGGAGGUCGCAGCUGUCACAAGCAAACAGGAUUAUGUUGAACGUGAGGACAUCCAAAAGCUGGAGAACUUGGAGAUGUUUCUGAAUGAGACCCUGAGGAUGGACUCUGGUGCAAGAUUUCCUCGGCUGUGCACCCAGGAGACUGAGAUCAGUGAGGGCCUGACUGUCCCUGUUGGAGUAGAGGUCAUCAUCGACUCUGACAGUCUGCACAUCGACCCUGAGUACUGGCCUGAACCUGGAACAUUCAUACCUGAGAGGUUCACCAAAGAGGAAUGCGACAAGCGGGAGCCAUUUGCGUUCAUCCCGUUCGGCCAGGGUCCGCGGAUGUGUAUCGGGAUGCACCUCGCCCUCAUGGCCACCAAGAUCACCGUGGCACGCGUCUUGCAGAAGUAUCGCUUUCUCGCCUGCACAGGCACGCCGACGGACCAUGGCUUGGGAUUCUUUGUGAACAACCAGUGGGUCAAGUUGGAGCGGCUGGAUUAG